CUUACCGCCCACCUUACCCGCUGCCUACGGAUGUGCGAUCGUCCCGCAGAAGAAUGCAUCCUUCCUCGUCCGCGGCAAGCUCAGCCUCGUCUGCUUGGAGAAGACACAAACGAAGCAAGCGAGGCUGCUUGACCUGCCGCAACCGGCGUAAGAAAUGCGAUGAAACAUACAAGGAUUGGGGAGACGGAAGACAAGCGUGCACAGCCUGCCAUCGUCGUGGUGAAGUAUGUAGGAUGCCGGAUGCCUCGCACAGCAACUUCUCGCCAGUCUCACCGCCGCCCGCCAACACCAAUGUUGUACAAGCGGCAGAGUCACUCUUGAACUUCCAGGGUCACCCAAGAGAUAACAGCGGAAGGGGUACCGUCGAAGUCGAUCAGCUGAGCAGGCCAAUGAUGCAGCCUGGCGAAGGGAGUCUAGAGACUUCCCAACAGCGUCUUGUUCCCCAUGAUGGAGGAGCUUUACAACAGCGCAAUCCCUUUCAGGAGGUGGCAGCGCCGCAACAGCGCAGUCCCUUUCAGGAUGGUUCCUGGCUCGAUCAAUUCUUUGAGGAGAUCGUAAGCAUGACAGAGCCAGCGGACGGCAGCGGGCUUGCAUCGGCACGGCCGCAAAAUCAAAUGAUGGCAGGCUUGAAUCACUACUCUGCCGCUUCAUUCACCGAUAGCACGACUUCGAAUAUUCUACUGCAGCCCUCCCCAUCUCAGCCAGCCUUUCCAUCGGCUUCGACAUCGAUGACAACAUCCUUGGCCAAUGGGAGCAGCGGCUCUUCGACUGCCCUCGAAGACUAUCAGGCUUCUUCCACAAGAGCUGUUUUGCCCUCUCAACCUGUGCCCAGGCCCGACUGGUCGCUUCAGCGUACCAUCGAGCUUCAAGAUCUGGAUGAUCUCCUUAGCCGGUGCGGCGUGAUUUACGAACGUUACAUUGGAGCCCUCGUUGACACGUCGCUGCCAGUUGCCGAGGGAGAAGCAGAUGCCCGACCGGUUCUGGCAAGUCUGAUGGAGGUGACAAAGUCUUCGUCAGUCAGCAAAGCGUCAAUGGUUGCCUGCUGUCUCGCUUACAGGGAUGUGAUUGCGAGAGAGAAGAAAGACCAGGCCUCGCAUUUUGUUCGCUAUCUGACCAGCACUAGCAAGUCGUCCACUCAGUCCAGAGCACGCCAGGCUGCCCAAAGCGAUGAACAAUACGCAAGUCUGUAUGCAGGGGCCUGGUACGAGUACACUUUGAAAGAAUUGCGGCGCAUUGGAAGCGAUGGCUCGAUCUCCCUGGCCGCCAGAAUGCUGGCAUUGUUGAACUUACGCUACGCGAGCGUUUGCUUACUUGGUGCCAAGGCUGCAUUUGACCUGGCACCAGAUGUCGAACGAGUGCUGAAAGAGCUCCAGGUUGAUAUCACUUUUCUACAACGCACAGCCAAGUCUGGCACCAUAGUUGCUUUCCUCGUGCAAGCUCUCGCUGCCGCCAACGUGAUGGAUGCAGCCUCCGACGAUGGCGUCAACCUGCGCUUCCGCUACUUGAGCAGCUUCUCCGUGGACCUCGUAGAUCUAGCCGCUGACAUAGAGGAAGGUAAAGUUUUAGGCCGGGCGGAAGUGGACGCACGUUCAAAAGCACUGCAAGCCCAGAUCUUAUCGAGCGGUCUGGACAUCACGAAGAAACCUCAUGACGGGAUAGGCCGAUUGCGUGCCCAGAGUCUGCACGAGAUGUGGAGACAAGCAGCUCUAAUCUAUCUUUACCAAGACGUGCAUGAUCUGGGGCCUUUGUCAGUCAAGAUGCAAGCAGCGCUCCAUCAGAUAUUCGAAAUCGCCGAGACCGUCGCUACAUUAGAGCAGCCCAGUGGAUCGUUCAGUCAUCACAUCGAUGUCUGGGAUAUGACAAUGGUCUGGUUCUUGGCAGGGACUGUGUGUGUCACUCCGGACCAGAAGUCCACUGCCCUUCGUCAAUUGCAAAGCAUCGGGUGUGAGCAGGCGAUCGUGGAUACCAUUGAAGUCUUGAGAAUGAUUUGGCAACACGUGGACGAGACAGGCAAGACUUCGACGUGGAAAAGCUUGGUCGCGCAGCGGAGGAAGACGAUCUCCUAUACCUUUUGA